CAAAGUUUUAUUACUUUUUUAGUAGAAGGACAAGGAACUUGUUUUAGUUACGAUGAAUACUCAUAACUUAACUAUCUUUUGUCGCGCUUAGUUUUACUUUUGGUUAAAAAAUGAGUAAACGUGGUGAGCUUGUAAGAUUUUAUAAUUGUUACAUUUUGCGCGACAGCAAAAUAAUCAAGGAAGAUCUUUGGUUGCGCGAUGGUAAAAUCGAAAAUCCCGAACAAAUUUUUUAUGUGGAGCAAUUGGAACCAUGCCGAAACAUCGACUGCAAAAACGCAUUGAUUGCACCAGGGUUCAUUGACAUACAAAUUAACGGUGGAUGUGGAAUUGAUUUCUCUUAUGACUGUGAGAAUGUAGAAAAUGGAAUAGGAAUUGUUGCCAAGGAACUACUAGCUCAUGGAGUCACAUCAUUUUGCCCAACAAUGAUAACAUCAUGUAAAGAGAAAUAUGCUAAAAUAUUGCCAAGGAUAAAAAAAUCACAAGGAGGUAAACAUGGAGCUACUGUUCUUGGUGUGCACCUCGAAGGUCCUUUCAUCAGUUUAGCCAAGAAAGGAGCCCAUCUUGGUGAAUAUAUUCGAAAUCCAGAUAAGGGUAUAGAAUCAAUUAAAGAAGUCUAUGGCUCACUGGACAAUGUGGUGCUUGUUACCUUAGCCCCUGAAUUACCUGGAGGUACAGAAGCUAUCAGAGGAUUGACAAACAUGGGAAUCAAAGUUGCCCUAGGCCACUCCACAGCCAGUCUUGCUGAAAGUGAAGAAGCUGUUAGGAAUGGAGCUAACUUAAUCACGCAUUUAUUCAAUGCUAUGCUCCCUUUCCAUCACCGUGAUCCUGGUUUGGUAGGCCUUUUGGCAUCAACCACUAAGGGACAAGUCUACUAUGGCAUUAUAUCUGAUGGUAUUCACACACAUCCAGCAGCACUUAGAAUAGCAUGCAGAACAAAUCCUAAAGGAUUGAUUUUAGUGAGUGACGCGAUUGCGGCCCAAGGCUUGCGAGACGGACAGUACCGUAUAGGACCACAGGCCAUCACCGUACAAGAUGGUCGGGCUUAUGUUACUGGGACAAAUACACUUUGUGGCAGUACCACUGCACUAGACGGUUGUGUGCUCACCUUUAAGAAAUCUAUAGAUUGUUCGUUGGAAUAUGCUUUAGAAGUGGCGUCACUGCAUCCAGCUGAAGCAUUGGGUAUUGAUGACAGAAAGGGUAAAUUGAAUUAUGGAUACGACGCAGACUUAGUCUUCUUAAAUUUGGAGACCCUCAAGGUUCAAUCCACUUGGAUAGCAGGCGAAUGUGUUUACGCUAAAAGCUAACAAAAUGCAAAUUUAUUCGAAAUGUUAUAAAUCUUAUUCCAUUAUAUUAUAAACUGUAGCGCAACA